AUGGGGUGGCCGACGUGUGCCCAGGCAAUAUGGGCGGCGGCCGCGAUGGUGGCGAUGCUUGCCGCGGCGGUAGGGGAAUCCGACGCGGGCGAGCUAGAGCGCGCGUUUCCGAUCGUGGAGCCGGAUUACGGCCACACUAAGCUCCGUCUUUCGAAGCAAGGCCUGGAGGCAAUCCAAAGGAUCAACACCCCGAUAGCUGCUGUCUCUGUCAUUGGUCCAUAUCGAUCUGGAAAGUCUUUCCUUCUCAACCAGCUUCUCUCCUUGUCAUGCGACAAAGGUUUUGGAGUUGGACACAUGCGAGAUACCAAAACCAAAGGUAUAUGGAUUUGGGGUACUCCCGUUGAGGUCUAUGUUGAUGGCUCCAAGGUGUCUGUCCUUUACCUGGACACUGAAGGAUUCGAGAGCAUUGGAAAAUCCAAUGUAUAUGAUGACAGGAUAUUUGCUCUGGCAGCUGUCCUGAGUUCUCUUCUUGUCUACAAUCUCCCUGAGACGAUUCGUGAAGCUGAUAUAUCCAGACUCUCAUUCGCUGUUGAACUUGCUGAAGAAUUCUACGGAAGGCUGCAGGGCCAAGAUGUUGCUUUUGAGCCGGCAAAACUUCUGUGGCUGAUACAGAGGGAUUUCCUUGAAGGAAAAUCUGUACAGCAGAUGGUUGAUGAAGCUCUCCAACGGGUGCCUAACAGAAAUGGAGACAAAUAUAUUGACGAGGUCAACCAAAUCAGAGACUCGUUGGCAAUUAUGGGUGAUAACAGUACUGCUUUUAGCUUGCCCCAGCCUCAUCUCCAAAGAACAAAGUUAUGUGAUCUGAAAGACCAGGAACUUGAACCAUUGUAUGUACAAAGGAGGGAUGAAUUGAAGCAAUUAGUUGCAUCCAUGGUAAAACCAAAAAUUGUGCAGGGUAGAACUUUAAAUGGAAAGGAGUUUGUAGCCUUCUUAGGGCAGAUACUUGAAGCUUUGAAUAAAGGCGAAAUUCCAUCGACAGGGUCGCUUGUUGAAGUUUUCAAUAAGGGCAUCCUUGAACGUUGCUUGAAGGUGUAUACUGAAAGAAUGGAAAUAGUGGCUCUACCAGUAUCAGUUGAUAAACUUCAGCUGGCUCAUGGGUUGGCAGAAGAUGAAGCUAGAAAGCGUUUUGACAAGCAACAUUUUGGUAAACAUUAUGCUGCUCAGUCCUUCCUCAAUCUUGAUGAAGAAAUAAAAAAGGUGUUCAGAAGCUAUGGAUUAGCCAAUGAGUAUCAGUCAUCAAAGCUGUGUGAAGCAAAGUUCUCAGAGUGUGAAGAAAAAAUGGAUCACCUUCAAGCCUUGAAGCUUCCUUCCAUGGCAAAAUUCAAUGCAGGAUUUCUCCGCUGCAACCAAAGUUUCGAAAUGGAGUGUGUGGGGCCUGCCAAGGGUAGCUAUGAGCAUCGAAUGUCAAAGAUGCUCGCAAGGUCCCGUGCUCUGUUCAUCAGGGAGUAUAACAACAAACUCUUCAACUGGCUGGUGAUCUUCUCCCUAACCAUGGUGGUGAUCGGGCGAUUCAUCGUAAAGCUUCUUCUACUUGAAGUUGCUGCAUGGGUGAUGUUCAUCUUCCUGGAGACAUACACGAGGUUGUUCUGGUCAUCGGAAUCGCUCUACUACAACCCCAUCUGGCACGCCAUCGUCUCUUCGUGGGAGGCCAUUGUGUACAGCCCUGUUCUUGAUCUUGACAGAUGGGCAAUCCCAAUUGUUGUCAUGCUGUCCUUCUUAGCUGUUUAUUGGCGUUGCAUCGGCGCAAGGGGAAGGAUCGGUCGGUCGGUGUUACCCAUGUACAAUGGGUCUUUCAGAAGCAGCUCCGGUCGGCCCAGGACGGAUUAA